AUGAUGUUUCAUGCGAAUCUAUCAAUAUUUAGCUCUAUACUGUACUCUAAGCAAUAUUUUCACGAUCUAAUUGAACUUGGCACAUCAUGGAAGAAUACGGCCGAGCAAAAUGACACUCUCGGUGUCAGGAUCAGUAGAUUACUAAUGGUUGAAGUGGAUAUGCAAACACCAGAACAAAAUAAUACACUUCCCGACAGUCCUAGUCGGGAUCCCUUUAAGGAACCAAUCGUUCAGGCUAAGGAAGAAGCUGCGAAGGACAAAAGACCAUUUCUUAGGGGAGAAACAAACGUUCCUUCUGGAGAACCAACUCAGCAAUCAGAAGAACACGAAUUGUACAAAAGACAAUACGUCCCAGUUGAUUCCAUACCUGAUCAUAUCAUAAAAUGCUUCAAACCAUAUGAAGAUAUAAGUCAUAUGUAUAGGGAAGAACCAAAAAAGGAGAAGAAAAAGAAGAUGAGCAAAGACAAAUUACGUAGAAGGAACAAUAAUGUAAAUCAUCGUGCAUUCCAUAAAAUAGAUGAGUAUGAAGAAUUAAUCGACAGGUCCCUAAAAUAUGAUGAAAAAGGUCAUAGAGAUAAAAGGGAUGAAUUCUUAUCUGGGGAUUCUAGAAAAUUAGACAGAAAUGGAACCGAUAAUUCGAUUGCAUUUCAUUACGAAAUGACUUGUUUCGAUGAAAGAUUGACAGAUUAUGACAUAAAUGAAAAAUUAGAACAAAUCGAAGAGGAACCUCAUACAUGCGAAUUACUCUCAUUAUACUGGCAAUCACACAGAAAUGAAAAAGGCAAAUAUCUUUCUCUUAAAAAAUCUUUGAAACAAAAAUUGUUAGAAUUGCAAAAAGAACAAACUAUUGCAACUCACGCAAUACUUAACAAGCAAUGGAAACAAUGUGAACAGAUCAUUAAUAAUAACUUGACAAAACAGCACGAACAUGUUAGUGAUGUAUUUUAUACCAUGGUUGCAAAGGAAAAUUGGAGCACACAUGAAUUCGAGAAGAUUUUAUAUGAUUUCAGAGAAACAUGGAAACAAGUAACCACUAAGGCAGCAGACGAAUGUAUAGCCAUUAUUGGAGAACCAAUUUCUUUGGAAGUCAUAUACGACGAGAAUGACCCUCAUGUCUUGGGGAUGCGGGUUCCAGGCUUUACAGUUCCGGGUAUGCCGUAUGGCUCCAGGGGGAAAUUAGAUUCCAAAGUUGGAUCAGAGGGGUUAUUAGUAGCUACACAAAAUGAGGCACAAGUUGAAGAAACGGAGGAAAAACCCAGGGGACUUUAUAGUUCCCUAGCGCGAACUUUACGUAGAAAUAAAAUAUGGAUUCCCUCUCCAGUGAUCCUUUUCUGUUUAUACAUAUAUAUGAUUUUCGACCUUGUUUUCGGUGCUCCCGGUAGUACAGCUUUCAUGUGCGUAUACAUAGUUGCAAAGGGCACAAUUCUUAUACUAUUGAUUGUGCCAUUGCGGUUGUAUUACCUAAAGGAGAAAGCAAAAGCUGCUUAA